AUGUCAACCGAUGUAUCUGCUCUAAUUAAUCCCCCGGAAAUAAUUAAUCAAAAAGUUUUUCCUGAUCAAUCUGAAGAUGUAUUUUGGCAAAAGGCAUCCGAUGCUAACGAAGAAACUCGUGAUCCACAGCAAGAACAUUGCAACUUUGUAAUAACACCACCGCCCCCACUUCCAUCAGCAAAUAUUAUGUCUAGACAUUCCCGAAAAAGUAGCAGAAUAUCAUGGGGAUUACAAACUGAUUUUGAAAGGCAUAUUGGGUUAUUAGAGUCAAAAUUGACAGAAAUCGUAUCUCAAGGCAAUAAACAUGUUGACAAAUCUGUAGGAUUUGAAGUUAUUAUCAUUACCAAACUUCAAGGAACACCACUAUCAACUUUGGGUUAUCACCCAGGGGAAUAUUUAUCACCCGAUAUAAAUUUCGAAAACGAGGAUGACGAACAACUUCAUGCGACACACAACCCACAAGAAUCAGAUGAAGGAUUAUGGUUAUUGUGGAAAUCUUCAAGUAUUACUUCCAAAAAUAACUCAGCAUCAAAUCAAUGGAACCUUCCCAUAUUAACUCGAAACAGAAACAUGAAUGCUGUUACUACAGAAUUAUCAAAUGGUGAAUACGAGAUGCAUCAUGAUGAUGAGAAUGACAGCGUUCUUGAUGAAAUGUUACUGAAUAAUGGAAGAAGAAAGAGCGAAGAUUAUUAUUUACGAAUGAACGGAGCCUUUG